AUGAGAUUUCUGCUGUUUGUGUGCUGGCCACUGGCUGGCUUGGCGAGCACCAUUGACCAGCGUCAAUCGAGCCAAAAGAUCACACUCAAUGUCAACCAAAAUUAUCAGACCAUCGACGGUUUUGGUAUAUCGGAAGCGUUUCAAAGAGCAAACAAUAUCGUCAACUUGAAUGAACCCAAGCAGAGUCAAGUUCUCGACUUGCUUUUCAACACGAGUUCUGGUGCUGGCUUUUCCAUUGUCCGAAAUGGCAUAGGUAGCAGUCCAAGUAAUGCUAAUGAUUGGAUGAUCACGUUCGCCCAAGAUCCAGGUAGUCCUUCCUCACCACCAAAAUACAACUGGGAUGGCAAGGACUCUGGACAGCUAUGGUUCUCACAGCAGGCGGCACAACGAUACGGCGUCAAGACAUUCUAUGGAAAUGCAUGGUCUUCUCCAGGAUUUAUGAAAACCAACAAGAAUGACGCGAACGGUGGUGCGGUCUGCGGUCUGCCAGGCGCAACCUGCAGUAGCGGCGACUGGCGACAAGCCUAUGCCGAUUAUCUUGUGCAGUACGUCAAGUACUACGCGGCUGCUGGUGUCAGUGUCACCCAUCUCGGGUUUGUAAAUGAACCGGACAUCAGCACAAGCUAUGCCUCUAUGCAAAUCAGCGGAGCACAGGCCGCCGAUUUUAUCAAGGUCUUGUACCCAACACUAGCCCAGAACAAUAUGUCACAUGUUGUGAUCACUUGUUGUGAGGCUACGGGCUGGAACAUGCAGUCUCAAUACACUCAGCAGCUCAAGGCCGCCGGAGUCGAAGCUAUGGUCGGCGCAAUAACAGGGCACACCUAUACGUCCGGUAUUUCAGGAGCCCAGUCGACGACUCGGAAAGUAUGGGAAACAGAGUGUUCCGAUCUCAAUGGUGGCUGGUCGACUGCUUGGUACAGCAACGGCGGGGGUGGAGAUGGGUAUACCUGGGCCAACAACAUCUACACGGGCUUGACAACCGGGAACGUCUCGGCAUAUCUCUGGUGGGUUGGAACCCAAGAUCGGAGCACAAACAACAAUAAUAACGAAAAGUUGAUCCUUGUCGACGGGCAGAACUACCAGGUCUCGAAGAGGCUGUGGGCCUUCGCUCAAUAUAGCCGAACUGUACGACCAGGGGCCGUAAGAGUAGGCAUAUCGGGCGGCAGCGGCCUGAAGCUGACCGCAUUCUUCAAUGUCGAUGGCAAGGUGGCUGUCAAUGUUAUCAACACUGCGGCAUCUACCGCUAGUCUCAGCAUUUCAGGGUUCAAUGGAACAACGGUGCAGGCCUGGAUCUCGGACAACACCCAUGAUAUGGAAACGAUUACCGCUUCGAUCUCGGGGGGAACGGUCACUGGGUCAGUGCCUGGACGAGGAAUGGUUAGCUUUGUAGUGUCGUGA